CUUGUCCGUUCGGAUUUAGCGAAUAGAUUAUUCUCAUAUAAUUUCGAGAGGAUAUAACUUUGUGAAAGAAAAUUAGGUUUCUGAUAUUAAGAUACGUUAGAAGAUCGAAACCGUAAAUCUUAAUCGAAAACUGACGUAUUCCAUACUAUUUUCGUUUAUUAAAGACAUAACUGGUACAGAUAUUAACGACAACCUGUAAUUUAUUACUAGAAACAUAAUCUAAUUAGCUAUCUUACGUUUGAUAUCAGCGGCACGACUAAGCAUUCAAUCAAUCUCAACUUGGCAAAAAUAGGAGUAUAAGUCACAGUUUCCACAAAAUGUUAUGAAUACGCGUUAUCUUCGCCGCUCAAGUGGCAAUUGGACUUAAAAACAAGAUUCGAGACCACGCUAACAAAUAUAACCUCUGCGCCUAUCAAUCUCACAGGUAGUAAAAAACGGAAAUCACACAAACAAGCAAAAAGUGGAAUAAGAAAAGCAUUACUUUUGCUUAAAUUGAGUGUUAAUUUGUUGCAGUCUUCGUUAACAAGUUCAGAUCAUCUACAAAUCAGUACGUCAACAUAUAAAUGAAUGUGAAAAUGAGACGUAAUUCAGUUUAAUUCAUGGAAAAACUUACCAAGUCAUACGUUGAUACCAAUAAGAUUAACCGCGGAUGGACUCAAAUAACACUGAAGUUUUUAUAAUAACAGUUUGUCACCAACUGUCUCGAAAGCCUUGGAAAAAUGAAUUAUUGUAAGAAUAAUUAAUUCCCUCUUACCACUUGAACAAAAGCUUCUUAUAAAUAUAUAACAUCACUGUGUUGAAACCAUGCCUAGACUUAUAGCCAAGACGCGAAAUGACUAAACUGUUAUAUGGGAAAACAUAUCGACACAGCUGAAAGAGUAAUAUUAAUUUUUUCAGCACGAGAUUGCAAAAAUUGCGGCGGCUAGCAGGAAGGUUGAGACCGAAAUCCACCAUCGAAACCAGUGGAAGUUGUCUGCUUGCAGGCUGCUUUACCAAGCAAUGAGCCACUUACCGACUCAGAAUUUAACGGAUUUGCAAGUUAUUGAGAGGGCCAGAAAAACAGCGAUCGGAGUCCCGACAGUGCUGGGUAGACACAUCUAAAUGCAUACUUAAAAUUCAUGGGGGAAAAGUUCGGUGGCAACCCUGGUUGGAUGGACAAUCUGAACGCAAGAGUGACAUUAAAACUUACUUAAAGCCGACAAUUCAAAAGCAGUCCAAACUAUAUGGACUAGGGCGAUAAGGAUGCUCGGGUCAACAAAUAGUAUACACAGAAAACGGCCGCAUUGUCCAAGGCGUACGGGGCGCCAGCGUGAAGGCGACGGAGUUACUGGCUGCUAUUCGGAGAGUAUUGUGGUGGCUAUGGUUACUCCGAACCAAGUUGAAGCAUUAAAUAAUUCGAAAUUUUAGAUUAAAGGUCCUGCCUUGACCAGAGGAGACAGAUUGGACCAUGCAUAAAUUCUCAUAAUUGCGGAACGAUGAGAAAAUGAAGAAGCAAGCGUUGAAAUUCCAUAAUUAUUGUACAAAAAAAGUUGAUUCCAAUACGGAAUAUUUGCUUGCAGCUCUGUAUAAUAAUGCUGAGCACACUGAGCCAUAUAAAUGCUAUUUGCAAUGCAUCUUUGAUACUCUCGGAUUGGUAGACAGUGACAAUCAGGUAAACCUUGAGAAAUUAUUGAACUUUACACCAACUGAAAUCCACGAACACAUAUUAGAGCUGCAUCGUGCAUGUGACACACAACCUGGCAAAGAUAGCUGCGACAUUGUCUACACAACCUCGCAAUGCUAUUACGAACUUAAACCAGCAGCGAGAGGGUACUUAGAAUAUAUGAUGCAUUAAAUGUAUUUACUUAUUGCUUAAAUCGUGAUCCAUUCGCAGUAACGACAGGCAACUCAACAUGCGUUAACGUUUAAUUCCAAAUUUAUUUUAUUCUAUGUUAAAGGGCAAGGAUAUAAGAUUUUAUCAAAAAAUAUAACUAUGUAAAUAAAAUAAAAUCGUACCUUAAGAUCACCACGUUAGGAUACAUAUUUCUUUAAACUAUCGAUUAAUUCUUAGUCACAAAGCUUGUUAGCAAUAAUCAGUUUCAUCAAAAUCAUUUUAUAUAGAACUGUUCUGAAUGCAAAUACUGGUGCAUAGUCAUAUAAUAGCGAUGUUUGUUUUCGAGACCGUCUAGAAAAUAGUACGAGCAAUUUAAAUUUAAGUUUUAAUUAGGAAACUUUUAAAACUUACCAACUAAUUUGGGUAAAACACUUUGACAAAAUCAUUUCAUUAAAUCACCGUCAUUAACAAUUUUCACAGCAAUUUCUUGGCCAAAUGUAUUAAGAUUUUAAAGCAUGAUACGGUAUAACUAUUAUGGGGCUUUAUUUUAUUUAUUUAAUAUUUAAUGUAAUAAUUUAAACAAUUUAAAAAAACGUGAGCUUAUGUACAUUUUUCCAGUCUGUUGCCGCAAAAGAAAGUUACACAAGCAACAAUUGUUUACUUGGGUAGCAUAUCAAAAAUUUGCGAUGUGUACCAAAAUAAAUAUGUGUAUAAAAACAGUUUCAUUGUAAAAGGGCAACGCUAACGCCUUAGCAACCAUCCUAAAUAUAGAUGCGUUAUUUCCAUCGAAGCCGAACCGUAGUAAGAAGAGAAUUUUUGUCAUCUAAAGUUCUAUGAUAAAAACCCUGUAGAUAAAUACUAAGCGUUGCGGUAAUAGCGCUGACGUGCGUUGUCGUAUAAUAUGAGAGCCCGCUAAAGAAAAUAGUUUCUGCAGAGUGCAGCUGGAACGUUGGAGUUCAUCACCCUGCAAAUACAAUUCACAUUCUUCGUUGUUGUCCAAUUUGUCCGAAUUGUCCGAUAGGAGGGCAGUAAAACGACGAAUUGACGAAACGGCCAAUUACAACGUGCUUCAAAUUUUACGUCCAGUUUAAGUGGUUUUUGAUAAGGCACGUCGCGCAUACAUUCAAGUUUAUCUCUCUCAACUACUCCUCUUCAGCAGAGAUACGACCCCAUUAGACGAAUAUAAAUCCACAAUAAUGGCUUUUAAAGAUCAGAAACUAUCCGCAGAAAUCAUCACAUUAUAGUUGUUAAUGGCUACUUCAAAAUGAUUAAGUUUUUUAUUUAAUAUCGAAAGAUCUGUUAAAUGGCGGCAUUAUUUACAACUAAACUAUAUAUAUAUAUAUAUAUACGUACAUAAAUCUAUAUAUAAUUUAAUAUUUUUACCUAAUGAUUCUACCAGUGUUUGUUUCUACUUUAAAAUUUUUCCUUCCUCUGUUUUCCAUGUGUUUCUCCUGCUGUUUUGCCACUUUCAAAAACAAGUCUUUUCAUCAUAAGUUUGUCCUAAAUUAUACUAUUCUCUUUCUCUUGCAGUUUAUGCCUUCAUGAAUUUCGGUUGUUAGUGUGUUCACAUUUUGCUCGAUUAUCUGAGCAGGUAUAGUUUUUCUAUUUUUAUAUGCAUUGGGAGUUGUUAAUUCGGUCUUCUCAAUGGCAAGAAAGGCACGACCUUCUUGACAAUGUUAUAAUAAUUGAGUUGCGUUACAAUCUUUUUCACAAUAUCACUUAAAACGGAGCUUGCAAUAUUUGCAUGUUGCUCCGCGUUCAUCUAUCCUUUAAAUUCCGUGAGUUUCAUCCAAUAUUAUUUCUCUUUGGAAAAUGUUAACACCAGCAGCAUGCCAAUGUGGAGCUGAUGCCAUAUUAAUCCUUAGAUCUUUAACGAAAAACGAUUGCUUGAAAGCUUCGUGGUAACUGAUCAAUAAACGAAAAGAAUAUUUCAAUAUUUUAAUGGCUUUCAUUUUUGUUUUGACAUAUUAACAAUUUGGGAAGC